UGUCACAAACUAAACAUAAUCAUAAAUUCAGGGAGAUGUGAUCUGGCAAGUGAUCUGGAAAAUUAUUUAAUUUCAUUUGCAUUUAGGUACAGCUGACCACAUCCACUCCACUUCAGAUUUUCCAGCAGAUGCCACAGAUCCAGCACUCCCAUUUGACAUAAUGUCACAUGUAGAUCACUCUGUUAUUGAUUAUCCAGAAGGUGGGGUUGAUACAACCAACACUGACUCUUCACAUUCAAAUGGCAAUGGUCGUCUCAGACCAGUGACAGAGACGCUCAGAGGGGAUCAUCCUGCGUUUGAUAUCCACCAUGACAGUUCAAGUCCAGCGCAGCAACAGAUUACUGCAGCAGACGUUCUAGACACUGGUGAGCAGCAUGGCAUCAUUACACCGCUGGACACGACAGCUGGGACAUUUGAGGGGAUCGACCACACUUAUGGCACGCACACAGACAUGGCAGGUGGUCCCACAGAUGCAGGUGCUCAAGAGAAUGGAGCAGUUACAGAUGCAGCAGGUGGGGAACCUGUGACCCAUGUCCAAAUUCAUGUGGAAGCAACAGCUAUGGGUCGCAUUUAUGGCUCCAGUCCACCGGACACUGUGGGUCAUGAAGGAGUGACUGAUGCUCAAGCCAGAUUCACAGAUUCUUUGACUGGUCCCAGGCAUGGCUUUACAGAUAUGGUGGAUUCUCACAGUGUCCUCGCACAGACAGACGCUCCAGUUACACAGCAUCCACAUGAAGUCUUAGACCACACAGGUAGCAUGGCCUCAGUAACAUCAGGUCCACAAGGAACUAUUGGGGGCUCAAGUCAGCCAGGAGUUACAGAACAGACACAACCAGCUGUUUCCGCAGGUGAACAGUACAACACAUCUGGUCAGGGUCUUGAAGGUGCAGAAAAUGUGGAACUGGAGGAUACCUGCUGACUUUCACAUCAAGCCCCGUGUCCGAUUCCUGCGCUACAGAUUCCAGUGUACUGACCAGUCUGCCCGGCAAAGGACCAGUGACCCAGCUCAGUAGCAAUAGUCUGUGUGUGUGCGAGUGUGUGUGUGAUUUUUUGACUAUUUAAACAUGAAGAUGACAUCGUAACUUAAAUUUUUACUGUGCAUGUUUUUAAGUAGCCUGGAAUUUUGUAUGUAUUCAUCUAUGGAAAGAGACCAGUGGGUUGUCCUUGAUAUAAAAUCACUGUGGCUUGAAGUUUUGUCAUUCCCCUCAAAGAUGUACAAAAUGCACAAAGCUAUUGUCUAAUAGCACUGUUCAAUAGCUUGUAUGUGUCAAAAACAUUAUUUUAAGUGUCACAAUUUGUACAUUAAUGAAUGAAUGUCAUUUGAGAGUUAAUCAUACAUUAAAUGUAACAUCUAUUUUGAACAUCAAACACGUACUGCAUUGUGGUAGAAGAAAACAAUUUGUUGCUACCAGUGAAAGUGACCGUCAUGACUUCAAGAAUUUUUCAAUUCUCUGCCAUUCAAGCAUAAAUAUAAUUCUUAACUGUUAAUAUAUACAUAAUAACUAUAUGUGCAUCAACUAAUUAGAACUUCACCUUAAGAUCCUGCUUUAAUCAGCACAGUACCUUUUUUAUGG